AAUGUGAAGGCUGCCAAGAACAAGAAUGUGAAGGCUGCCAAUAAUGCCAAGGGCAGCUGUGAUGGAGCAAAGGUGGUGGUGCAAGAAAAAGGUGGCACCUCGCCGGGGCGUUAUGAGCCGAACGUGGUCCUGACGCUUACGGAGUACACCACCAUCGAAGCGCUGGAUGAGGCCCUCCUCGCGAGCCAACGGGUCCUGACCCGGUUGCUGUCCCACUUCUCCCUCAUCUGGCGCACCCCUUCCUUCGAAGCGCUCCCCAGGACUUCACUCGUCCGGCAGAUCGCUCGACUCGGGAGCUGUGAGAGCAGAGAGAUAAGGGCGCAGCUACUAGACCUGGCCAUCGACCACAGCAUCCUCGAUCAGUACCCGAUGGACGUCCUCCAGUGCUACUGCGUGAGCCAGGGGAUCGCCCCCGAACUCGGCUGGGGCGCGACCAAGGCCGAAGUCAUCCUCGCCAUUCUUCACCACAACCACAAUCACAAUUAG